AUGACAGCCUCACGACCAAACCACCCCGCCCUCCUGACCAACGCGUUCAAUGCUUCCUUCAGUACUCUCCACUUGGUAAACAGUUCGACCACAUCAUUAAAACAACUGGCACAUCUUGAGCACUGAUCCACAAUUGGAAAAUACGUUUAAAGAACCUCCGUGGGUUGUCUUCAGACGCACCUCCAACAUCAGUCAAAUGGUGGUGAGGUCUGAUCUUCCACCUGUGCCACGCAGUACCUUCCUAGACAAUGUGCCUGAUGGUAAUUAUAGAUGUUCCAGAUGUACCCAGUGUAACUUUACCAACAAAUGCACAAUGUUCAAUCACCCUAUUACGGGCAAGGCCAUUAAGAUUAAGGGCAUCAUACUUAUCCACUAUUGUUCAGUGGAAAAAAUACAUUCUCGCAACAGUCUUGCUGCGGGGUAUUCUGUUCCUGGCAGCUGA